UAGAUCUCCUGCGUCUGACAAGGAACAUCACUCUUAGACGGGGCCUUUACUCGGCGUCCGUUCUUUUCUUUACCAAUUGCUUGCUUGUUUCGUUUCUUCAUCCCAAGUUUCGAUCUUCUUCCCCGUCUUUGCCAAAUGCUUAGGUAAACGAAACACUCGUUUGCUUUAUCGCUUUCCUAUAGCCUUCACAAUAAAGAUGGCGAAAUGGGGUACAUCCUCAUAUCUGGUAGUGGUCAGAUCACUGCAGGUCCUGGGGACCUUGAUCUCUGCUAUACUUAAUGGCUUUCUGCUGGUGUAUAUUCACGUGAACAGGCUGGGCCUAUCGAGCACUAUGCUCGCGCUAGAAAUCAUGACGUGUGUUACAUUAGUCUAUACGGCGAUCGUGCUGUUAGUGCAACAUACUGGUCGGCGGCACCUGAAGUCGAAGGACACGAUUACAUUCGUUUUCGUGGUUGGAGAUAUCUUAUUCACUGGCCUGACGAUUGGUUUGUUCAGUAUCAUUGCACGCACCGGUGUACCUGCAAACUGCGCAGGAAUGACGAGAAGCGACUAUGAAUCUGACGAUGCUCCUGACAAACCGCAACAAGGUUAUGACACGAUUCGCUUCGGGUCCGGAGAUAAGAAGGGGCAGCUUGACCGUUUCUGCAGUCUUGAGAGGGGAUAUUAUUUCAUCACUAUUGCCCUGCUCUUCUCGUACAUGGCAACAGUCGCUAUGGGUGUCCUAAAGAUCGCCCACGUCUCGUUUCAAAGGAAACUCGACGAGCGCCUCGCGACCGCGAACGAGCUGUUCCGACUCCAGUCCAAAGUUUCGCGAACACGAUCCUCGCUCGUUCGCCAAUCAUCCGCUCCAUCGUCGCCGCGGCAAGUGUCCUCACCUCGGCAAGAAUCCAUCACAUCUCCGCGGUCCCCGAGAUCAUUCGCCAGUCGACAGUCGUUGCGCGAUCAAGUCGCCGCAUCUCAACAACAGCAACAGCGACGGGUUAUGAUGCCAAUAUCGCCGCUGACCAUUAAUACGGCCUUCACAGCGUCGCACAACGAUCCAGCGCGCCAGAGCCUGCUGAUAGAGCAGAAUAAUACUGGGGAUAGUAUCGAGAGCGCGGCUGAGGAGGCUAUGAUCACCGAUGGAUACAGGAAUCCGAGACAUCAAGCGCUUGCGCAUACCAGCAUGUCAGCGCCGCCACCGUAUGUGCCUGGUGAGUCGUCGAGAUUUAUGACGGGGCACACAGCGGAUGAAAGUAAUGAGAUGAGGCUGAGCGAUUACGUCAAGGGUCAGACGCGGGCACAGAACAUGAAAGAUUCUGGCGCGUUAUGAGGCAAUCGGGACGACGGGACGAAACUAUAAAAUAAUGGAUGUGGACGAGUACG